AUGCGCUUCUUUCACAUACUCUCAAUACUCGCCGCGGCCUCAGCACACGCAAAACCCAUCGACAUUUCACAGCGACAACAAGAACUACGGUUAGAAGAAGGAGAGGCAAUAGAACGUCGAGCCCUGCCCAUCUCGCCAUCCGGAGGAUAUGCGCCAGUUUCGGAAUCAUGCCCGACGCAAGGGCCGACGGUGAGGAGCGCGGCUAGCGGUCUUAGCGCCGAGGAGACAGCAUGGCUGGUUAACCGGCGCAAGAACACGGUCAAGCCGAUGGCCGACUUCCUGGCGCGGGCCAACAUCCAGGAUUUCAACGCUUCCGACUACGUUUCGCGUUUCCAAGGUGAAAUAUCUUCGCUGCCAAACAUUGCUCUUGCUUUCAGUGGAGGUGGGUAUAGAGCCUUGUUGAACGGGGCGGGAUUUAUCAAGGCUGCCGACGACAGGACACCAGGAACAACCGAGCCAGGCGGCAUUGGGGGUCUUUUGCAGGCUUCGACAUACAUGUCGGGCCUGUCUGGAGGUAGCUGGCUUCUUGGGUCCGUCUUCAACAACAACUUCUCAACCAUUGGCCAACUGCAAGAGAACCCGAACGUGUGGAAGUUUGACCAUUCAAUAUUUGGGGGCCCAAAGACGAGCGGCAACGCAAUCAAGAAGAUCAUUGACUCGGCUUCCUAUUGGAAGGAUAUCAUCGGAGACGUUGACAAGAAGAAAAAGGCCGGUUUCAGUACUUCAAUCACCGAUUACUGGGGCCGGGCUCUUUCGUACCAGCUCAUCGACGCCGCGAACGGCGGAGACCAGUAUCUGUUCUCGUCCAUCGCGCAAACUCCCGACUUCCAGAUGGGCAACAGCCCCUUUCCCAUCAUCGUCGCCAACGGCCGCAAGCCCGAUUCCGUCAUCAUUUCGCUCAACUCGACAGUGUUCGAGUUCAACCCGUUCGAGUUGGGGACCUGGGAUCCCACAACCUCUGGGUUUGCGCCUCUCUCGUAUGUUGGAUCCGACUUCGAGGGCGGCGUCGUCCCGUCCAGCGGCAAAUGUGUGCGCGGCUUGGACCAGUCGUCUUUUAUCAUGGGCACCAGUUCAUCGCUCUUCAAUGCAAUAUUGCUCCGUAUCGAACAAAACAACACGGGCAACAACUUUCCUUCUGUUCCAGAGUCCCUCGUCAAGCUUGUCAAGGCCAUCGCCCCCUCGAUCCAGGCCGAAAACAGAGAUGUUGCUACUUGGAAGCCAAACCCCUUCUUCGGUUUCCAUGCCGAAACGGCCGGCGGCAUCGCCUCGUCCGCCGAGCUGUCCUUGGUCGACGGUGGCCUUGACGGGCAGAACAUUCCCCUGCAGCCCCUGAUCCAGCCGGCACGCCAGGUCGACGUCAUUUACGCCAUCGAUUCAUCGGCCGACACCACCAGCAGCUGGCCGAACGGCACCUCCAUCCUCCACACCUUUCGGCGUUCCCAGAGCCCGAUGGGCAACGGCGUGCAGUUCCCCGCCGUCCCGGACGCCAACAGCUUCGUCAACCUCGGCCUCAACAACCGCCCGACCUUUUUCGGCUGCAACACGACCGCCUUCGAGGGGUCCCAGACGCCGCCUCUGGUCGUCUACAUGCCCAACGCGCCGUACUCGGCCUUUUCCAACGCGACGACCUUUACGAUGAAGUACGAGGAGCAGCGGCGAGACUCGAUCAUCGCCAACGCCUUUGACGGCGCCACCCAGGGCCUCGGCAGCCUCGACAAGGAGUGGCCCGCCUGCGUCGCCUGCGCGGCCCUGCACCGCAGCAUGCUGCGCACCAAGACGGAUAUUCCGGCCCAGUGCCAAUCGUGCUUCUCCCGCUACUGCUGGGACGGCAAGACGGAUACCACCCCGCGGACCAAGGAUUUCUACCAGCCCACGCUCAAGCUCACCAGCGGAGGAUCGCAGCCGCCGCAGGGCGACCUGGGAAGUGAGCCAGAGAAGAAGUCAGUUUCCGGUAAGCUACUAGUGCCUCGGAGCGGUGGCAUGAUGGCAGGUUCCCUUGCUGGAAUGGCCAUCAUGUUUGCCAUGCUCUAG